GUGACCGCUCAUACUUUUUCUUUUUUUUCUUAGCUGUGUUUUUUAUUGUCAGAUUGUCUAUUUCUGUAAAUGUCGCUGAUUUAAAAAAAACAGCAGCAACAAAUCAAAUAAAUCUGGACGUCGCUCCUGUAAACCCGUCGUCGCUUUUAGGUGAGCCAGCGGGAGGAACGACUUUGCUUUCUGCUGCAGUUUCAUGGAGAUGGAGAUGAAAGUCGACCAGCAGGACGAAGACAUUACAUUCAGCAACACUGACACGAAUGGUAAACGCCCUGCUGAGGACAUGGACGAGGAGCAUGCCUUUAAACGUUCACGCAACACAGAUGAGAUGGUGGAGCUCCGUGUGUUGCUUCAGAGCAAAAAUGCCGGUGCAGUUAUAGGAAAAGGUGGAAAGAACAUAAAAGCCCUUCGCACAGACUACAAUGCCAGUGUAUCAGUCCCAGACAGCAGUGGCCCAGAGCGCAUCCUCAGUGUGAAUGCCAACAUCGACACGAUUGGAGAGAUUUUGCUGAAAAUAAUACCAACUCUGGAGGAGUACCAGCACUACAGCGGGAUUGACUUUGACUGCGAGCUUCGCCUGUUGAUCCAUCAGAGCCUGGCAGGUGGCAUCAUUGGAGUGAAAGGAGCCAAAAUAAAGGAGCUGAGAGAGAACACCCAGACCACCAUCAAGUUGUUCCAGGAGUGCUGUCCACACUCCACGGACAGAGUUGUGCUGGUGGGUGGAAAGCCAGAACGCGUCGUUGAAUGUAUAAAAGUCAUCCUGCAGCUGAUAUCAGAGGCGCCAAUCAAAGGUCGCGCCCAGCCUUACGACCCCAACUUCUACGAUGAGACGUACGACUACGGCGGCUUCACCAUGCUGUUCGAGGACAGAGGCAGGCGGCCCAUGGGGGGGUUCCCCAUUCGCGUGCGUACCGGUUUUGAGCGUCUGCCGCCCGUGCGUAUCAGCAGACCCAUGCCGUCCUCCAGGAGGGAGUACGACGACAUCAGCCCCCGCCGGGGUCCUCCACCCCCGCUCAGCAGAGGGGGUCGAGGGGGCAGCCGAGCACGUAACCUUCCUCUUCCUCUGCCGCCGCCACCGAGAGGAGGAGGAGACAGAUUCUCACAUGGAAGUUAUCAUAGCAGCUUGGAUGACAGACCAAGUGACAGAAGAAGCAGAGGAGACCGUUACGACAGCAUGGGCGGAGGUGGAUAUGACAAUUCUUCCUGGGAGCACUUUCAGUAUGGUGGUAGAGGCUCGUACAGUGAUAUCGGAGGACCAGUCAUCACAACGCAAGUCACCAUCCCAAAGGAUCUCGCCGGCUCCAUCAUCGGUAAGGGCGGUCAGAGGAUCAAGCAGAUCCGCCACGAGUCUGGGGCAUCCAUCAAGAUUGAUGAACCACUAGAGGGCUCUGAGGACCGCAUCAUCACCAUCACAGGGACACAGGACCAGAUCCAGAACGCCCAGUACUUACUCCAGAACAGCGUGAGGCAGUACUCCGGUCGGUUCUUCUGAGAGGGAGGCGAUGAAGCUGAAGAGUGAAGCCACACUGGUUCUCCCGGUGUUCAGAGCCAACAUUCCUCUGCUUUGGGUAGCUGUGCCCCUCCCUGAACACGACAUAUUACCCCACCGAUGUGCAGGCCUGCAUUGUAUACCCUGCAAUGUUAUUUACAGGUCUGAGAAAGUUAGAUAUUUCUGUGUUGGUGCAAUCUCUUAUUCUCCCUCUAUUUGUUUUUUCUUUCUUCUGAGAAAUUCUUGUGCCAUCACUAGAGUACAGCUAUAUGUGUAAUAAUCUUCGGUGUCGUGAGCUGGCCCUGGGCCUUUUUCUUUUCUUUUCUAAUUUCAGUACAGCAUGCAGAAUGUAAUUUUGUUGAGAAGGAUUAGAUGGAUUUUUAUUUAAUUUUAUUUAAACAUACUCAUGAAGAUGCAUGCCUCUGGAGUGGGUAAAUAUCUUGCUUUUCCUUUUUAACCCUCCUGUUAUAUAAAGGGUCGUUUUAAAGUUUGAAGAUAUAGGAAGAAUAGGUAAAAGUUUUUUUUCAGUAUGAAACUUCUUCUGCUUGCCUUAAUUAGUGUAAUCAACAUAUAAUAUGAAGGUGGUUAAUCUCACAUAUUUGCAACCACCCCUGCAUGUUUAUAUUACAUACACACUGUCUGGGUCAAUUUGACCCGGACAGAAUCAAACUGGAGGGAAGAGUCUCGGGAAUCUCAGAGUAUUUCUUUCUUUGCAACUGUGAGACAUUUCUCUCUCACACAAAGGUGCAUUUGUUAUAACUUUUCAUGGGGACCAUUUAUGUUCUCGUGGAAGACAUUCAGUGGACACUCAACAGGGGAGGGGCAAAAUAAAUAAAAGAUUAUCUGCAUGGGAGUCCUACUAACAUUACACUCUGUCACGCAGACCUUGUCUGAGGACGAAGACUAUCUUGAGCAGAAUUUCUGAUUCUAAUGAUUCUUAUUUUGAA